AUGGGUUCCCGUAGUGACUGAGCGGGCACCCAAGCAGCUGCACAAAUUUGCUCUCGAAUGAAGUUCUAGGUUGAGCUCUGUAAGCACUGGGGGACAAGCACUUGCAUGGAUUGUAGGAGAGCUCAGAGGGCAUUGAAAUUUAAUUGCACAUGUGCUGCAUUUUGCAAUUGUAUGGGAGCCGGAUUUAGGGGCUUGAAUUCUUGGUAGUCAUGAUAGAUUGUAGAUGAACUCAGAAGCUGUGUUUCCAUAGCUACAAGCUGUAUCUCUUUAGCAGAUAGUGGGAGGAGGUGGGUUAUAGCCAUGUCGUUAGUUAGUCGAAGCUUGAGCUUCAACCCUUGCAGAAUUCUACCCUUUUCUUCAGGGUUUAGGCGUGAUUGUGGAGGCUCUUGUUUUUCAAAUGUGUUAAGGAAUCAUCGCCUGGCACGCACCCAGCAUGCGUUGUCAACAAAUGUGGUGAGCGCUGAAUUAGUUGGUGACCAGUGGGAACCUUAUCCUUCACCAGGGGUAGUAGAGGUUUCCACCACGGGUUUUCAAAUGACAGCACCGCAGCUCAAGGAUACUCAAACGAAUGUGGCGCUCAAUGAAGCAGCACCGGCAGUGGGGAGUGUCUUCGCGGAGGGCUCGACGAAAGAGGUGACUCUCUUGGAGGACCCGGUGGGUUUUGUUCGGUACAGGUGGGACAAGAAAUUGCAGUAUGCGAGAAAAGCGUUAGCCCCUUUAGAAGAGUCCGUUGCGCCGUCACCAUAUUCCCCCACGCAGGGCGACGACGUUGUGGUCUUCUUUCUCGUCAGCAUGGCUUUGAUCUUUCUGUUCUGGGUGGGGAAUUAUUUGGCUCCCACGUGGAUCUUCAAGGAGACAGUCUUCAGAAACGCCAGCCAAAAUAGUGACGAUAACUUCGAAGAAUAUGGGCAAGAUGAUAAACCAAGCACGGCAAAGGAAGACGAAGUCGACCCUGCUGAUCUUAUUCAACUGCCGCCCAAUCUUAGGGCAUUUACUCCAGCUGCUGUGGCGGGAUUUAAAGCUGGUCGGCAAAAAGCUCGAGAAGAGGAGGAAGAACGGAGAAGGAAAAAAUCCGGUAAGAGAAAAUGAAGAAUCGUGUAUCUUUCACAUUUUGAGACCCUUGAAUCUCUCCUUCCUGCCAUGAGAAGAUACCCUAACAAGGACAUCAACCCCGUGCAAGGAAGCAUGAGGAAGUGAAUCACUUCACAACAAUGGAUCUACUGUCUACUAGGGUUGGUAGGAAUUUGUAUAUGCUCACCUUUAAAAACACUUAGAAAUAUUCUGGGUCAGUCUUAGUCUGAUGCAAACUUACCUAUGAUAUGUACCAACUAAUCAAUUUUGCGUUCAGACAAUCCUCAAGCUGUAACAAUUGUGAGUUGCUUUC